GUGCGUAUUAAAUAGUAAAAAGACAAGAUUGAUUAAUCAGUAUUCUAUAGGUUCUACCAGUUUCUGAUUUUGUCUACGAUAUUCUACCCAAGGUGCAACUUGGUCUUGAAUAUGUCUAAACUAAACUACCUGGCUUUGAUUGGUUGCCUGACAAAUAAUUAGAUUAACUCUUAUUAAUAAAUUAAUUAAAUAAUAAAGAGCAAGGUUUCUAAAAAAAAGAGAAACAUGCGUAAACAUUUUCAGUCAUUUUAAUAAAAUACUUCCCCAUAAUUUCAAACCACGAAGAGUACAAGUUGAAAUUAAACUCACCGAAAGAGAUACAACAACAACCACAACAACAAUAAUAAUAACAAUAAAUUUUUAAUUUUUGACAUCAACAAUGAUGAUGAUGAUGGCGGACUAUCGGAGCUGUCGUUAUGAGUAUGGUACUCCUUACAACGGAAAUACUCAUAUACGUACGGCUUCUAACACAUCUGGCUCUGCCGUUGUUGAUAUGGAAACGGCAGAUGCAUGUCACAUUAUGGACAUCUCUCAUUCUCAUCCAGCGUCGUCCAACGUUGGCGCUACUUGUUCGGGUUACUACUCGGGUGGCCCUUCAAAUUACCACCUCAGGGGUUACGGUCGACAGCAGUACCCUGAUUUAUACAACGGGCUCGGGCACCAGCAGAACAUAACUCUGACGAACGGGGGCAUCGUUGGUUCAAAUUCCACGGGUAGCUGUAUCGGAGGUGUUGGUGGUGGUUGUGGUGGUGUUGGUAUACGGAGUAACAGACCACGUAGUAACACCAGCUGCAGCAGUAGUAGCAGUAGCAGUAGCAGCAGUAGUAGUAGUAGUAACAGCAGCAGCAAAAAUUGUAACAGAAGUAAUAGUAGUAUUAAUAGUAUUAAUAGUGGUAUUAGUAGUAGUUGUAAUAUAAACAAGAACAAUAACAAUGAUAUUAGUAAUAAUAAUAGUAGUAGUAGUAGUAGUAGUAGUAGUAGCAGUCAUCGCAAAAUCAACAGCAAAGCCAACAGCAACAAUAACAACAACAGUAACCGUAGCAACAUUAAAAACAACAGCAACGUCAUUGAGAGUAAAAACGCUACUACCACUAAUACAACUACUACUAUUACAGCUACUACACUCCCCACCUCUACUAUUAGUACCACUACUACUACUACUACUUCUACAAGCAAUAGUAGCAACGACAGUAAGAACAAUAAGAGUGAUAAUGGUCAUAAUAGUAACAACAACAACAACAGCAACAACAAACAGCAUAUUAAUGACUUAGAGCAAUUGAAUGGUUCCUCUCUAUCUCAUCACACAACACAACGCCAUCAUCGUCAUCAUCAUCAUCACAACAGCAGUAAUAGUCAGCAACAGCAGCAGCAGCAGCAACAUCGUCAUCAUCAUUCCCAUCAUCAACAACAACAACAGCAACUACAACAUAUUCCUCAUCAAAACAACCACCAACAACAUCAACAGCACCAUCCACAACAUCAGCAACAGCAAACACAACAUCAACAUCAGCAUCAACAUCAGCAUCAACAACAGCAACGUUCAUUUUAUAAUUUGACCACGACAGACGAGGGUUCAAUCCCCAGGAAUGAGGCUCUGAGUAAACCAAGGAGCAGUAGAACUCAUUCGUUCUCAGCGAGUACCAAAGACCAGAGAGAGGAAUAUCAAAGACUGAAGACAAAGGCACCGACUCACAAGGUCCGAGGGCCCGGAUGUGAACCGUCACGAAAUGGUGGCGUUCGAAAUACUGGAAGUCCGAAACAUAAACGACAAAUUUCCGAAACAAAAACGGACAAAGAACAGGAAAUGCUCUUAGAUGCUGGCUUGAGUGAUUGCGAUAUCGAUGACAAAUCGAUGGAUGACGAAGCCAGCUGUUCAUCUCACGAGAAAGAAUCGAGCGAUAAGUCAGACAUGGCUUCGUCUCCUUCUUCUUCUUCAUCUUCUUCGUCAGCUUCCGACGAAGUUGAUGAACACGUCCCUCAUGUUUUGGCCCCCGGAUACCAUGGACCUAAUCGGCGCUGCUUGCUCUGGGCUUGUAAGGCCUGCAAGAAAAAAACGGUGACGAUCGAUAGGAGAAAAGCAGCGACUCUGCGAGAACGUCGACGCUUGCGGAAAGUAAACGAAGCGUUUGAGACGCUAAAACGUCGCACGUGUCCCAACCCCAACCAACGCCUUCCCAAAGUGGAAAUUCUUCGGAAUGCCAUUGAAUAUAUCGAAAGUUUGGAGGAACUGUUGCAUGGCAACCGUAUUGGUCGUUCAGACCCCACCACCGCAGAUAUACGUAUCGAUACUGGAUCAACGAGCAGUGGAUCUGACUAUAUGACUGUCAACAGCCCACAGCAAUAUUACUCGGAAAAAUUGCAUCAUUUAGGAGAAAUACCAAAUAACUACAAUCCACAAAACGGAUACGAACAAUUAUCGUCUGGAGUAUCCAGCCUGGAUUGUCUAUCAUUGAUAGUAGAAAGUAUAAGUCCCACAGGUACGACGUCAAUGUUAAACAGCAUCAAUGUUGCUGGCCAGACGACACAUCCGCCAUGUUGAAUAUCUCCUUUCGCUCUUUGCUAAAACUGCACAUUUAAACGAAAACAAAAGAUGAAUGACGAAGAUGUUAUGAAAAACAAAUAAAUCAAUAAACAAUAUCAAUAAUAACGAUAAUAAUGAAGAUAAUAAUAUUAAUAACUACAAUUGUAUUAUUAAUAAUAACGGGAAUGAUUAUAACAAUACUAAUAACAUGAGCAAGACUAAAGAAAAUUGAGAAACUCUGAUAUUGUGUAAAAGCAGAUGUCACUUGUUUGCCGCAUAAAAAGGAAGAUGUGUAUGUGUGUGCGUAUGUGCGUGCGUACGUGUGUAUGCAUGUUAUGUAUACACACACACAUAUAUAUACACAUAUAUAACACACACGCACGCGCACACUCAGACACAUACACACACUCAUACACACACCUAUAU